AUGGCAGCCCCCGCAGAUGCUUGUUGCGGUGGCAAGAAGAUGCUCGAGCUGCCCCGCUGGGCCGUCGUCGGCCGUGGCAGCAACCAAUUUGUGGUUCAGCUCCUGGCGCGGCUCAAGGCUUUGGGGAAAGAGGUCAGCCAUGUUGACCCCUCCAGCGGUGCAGAGCCUGGCAUACCGAAGGCUCUGGCAGAUGUCAAGGAGCCGCUGGACGCCGUGAACUUGUGCGCGAACCCCAAGAUAGGGGCCACAGUCAUCGAUGACAUGCACAAGCUGGGUGUCAAGAACGUCUUCGUGCAGCCGGGCGCCGAGGCGCCCGAGCUCAAGGAGAGAUGCGAGGAGUUGGGCAUUACCUGGCACGAGGGCUGCGUCCUGAUUGAGUCGGGAGCUCCAGGGCACUAA